AACAAGCGUGGGCCAUAGGCCGUAGCAACUGAAAGGAAAAAAACGAAUCGAACAAAGCGCUACUGCUGUGUAAUGUAUGUAUAGAAUCGGGUAGGCUCAACCCGGAACCGGCCCAUCCAACACAUGCCUGAUUGCCUGUGAGCGAUGUCCGCUUUUCCUCGCAUCCAUUCAUCACACACUGUUCGGCUUCAUAUAAAUUAAUAAACGAAAUCCAAUUCCACCGGUGGCCGGCGAGUUAUCCAUCCGAUCUGACCAAUGACCUUAUCAGACGACGAAGAUGAGUUCUUGGCAAACUUCCUCGAAUCCGAACUCUCCGAUCAGGAGGAGAGGGAAUCGGAGGAGGCCAAAGCCAAGCGAUUGCGCAUAGAAAAGGUGGACGAGGAAGAGAAACAAAAACGCAAAGGUGAGGGGGCUUCUUGUUCGAAUCCGAAUCCGGGCCAAGUGAAGAACAAUAACAAUAGAAGUUUGCCUCGGAGGAUUGAGAGUGGAACUUUCAGCAAGAUUCCUACUGAGCUGUUUCCUCAAAUCCUUAAAUUUCUCUCAUCCGAGGAUCUUGUUUCGUGCUCGCUGGUGUGCAGUUUCCUGAAUUAUGCGGCAUCUGAUGAGUCCCUAUGGCGUCGCCUGUAUUGCAUGCGGUGGGGUUUAUUGCCGCCAACAAAAAUAAGGGAAUGUGCUUGGAAGAAGCUUUAUAUUCAGCGUGAUGAAGAGGACAUGAUUCAACUUGUUAGGAACUGUCCAUCUGAAUUUAAAGAGUACUACAUUCAAAUGCAAGCAGCUAAAAGAAGCCAAGCACCUCUUCCUUCGCAGGUGAAGGAUGACUCAAUAAUUCUUGACAAGACAGUUUCUGAUCAAGUAUCUAUGUGGAAAAGCAGUAGGGGUCUAACUGAUAAUGUCAUUGCUGACCAUGCUUGUUCUGGAGAAACAUGUUCCUACUACCAAAUUGGGGAUGUGUUUGUUUGUGAGAAGACCGGGCAGGUUCACGUAUGUGAUGAUACUUGUCGAGAAGUCAUUUUGGACCCCAACAAUGAGCUUUUGGUCUGCACAAUUUCUGGCCACUGUUUUGAUAGGUUACUGUCACCAUCCGAAAUGGAAUUGGAUCCUGAACAGCAGCAAGGUGGUGGCACAGAUGAAGCAGAACCGUUCAUGGGAUCUGGCCGUUUUGCACGAGCUUACUUAUUAGGAUACAACUGUGACGAUGAGAAGGAGCUGGAAGCUGCUUUGAGGUUUUGUUGAUCCAAAUCUUUGUGGUAAUUUGUAGAUGACCACAAAUGUGACAAGUAUGACGUACGAGUGUUUAAGCUGCUUUGAAGUUAUCAGUUAUUACUGUUAGAUAACUGAGACAAUUUAGUUUAACAAUUUAGUUUAUCAUAUUACUUUAUUUUAUUAUAAAAAUUCCCCAGUCCGUCACUUGAUCUUUUAUAGCACGCAUGAUCAAAUGAUUUGAAUUGAAGUCAAAUUAUGGCACAUCUGGAAUGGAAUCAUGGAUGACAAGGGCAAGGCAAUUCAUUUUGUCACCUUCUAAAUAUUUAAUAAAAAAUUUUCCCUUGUAAAUGAGGCUCCAAUCCCUGAAAAACUACUUUACCCCGGCAAACAGCUUUAUCACUUAACUAAAAAAUGUAUAAAACAAUGUCGAAAUCCGUUAUUCAUAGAGAAGGAGCUUCAGCCAAUUUACCUGACCUCAUUUAAAGGCUCUACAGAUUUCGAGUAAACAUCUUUUUUUAAUCAGAUGUGAAAGUAAAAAAGCACUAGAUUUCAUAUUGUCUUUGUAAUGUUCCUAUUAAGUAAUUAAGUGAUUAAAAAAAAAAAAAGAGAUUCCAUAAAUGGAUGAAAACUCGGAAAUAAUGGAAGUAGCAGAAGACUUAGAUCCAAAAUCU